GGCAAUCCUAAAAUAGGGGACACGGGUACGGCGAAUAACUAGGCAUAUAAUAUAUUAAAAAAAACGAAAAUUUGACAACCUAUUCAAUAAAACACUAAGUAAUUAAACUCAAAAUAAGUCAUUUUGUUUAAAACAAGUAAUUAUUUAGUGUCCGUACCAGUGUAAUUAUUUAGUACCGUAAAACAAGUAAACAAAUUCGGUACUCAUCUAUCUAAACAAGUAAACAAACAAGUACACAAAUACACUCAAGUAAACACUAUUUCUUCUUCCUUUCUCUCUCCUCUCAUCUAUCAUUUCUCACUCUUAAACUCCCAUUUCUCGAUCUCUCUGUGUCUUCCUCCAAUCAUACAUCACAACACUUUGAAAUUUUUUUCAACUCUUCAAUAACACCAAAAAAUCUACUCUAACAAGAAAAAUCGAGAAUUAAGGGAUGAAUUUAAAUGAAAACGAGAAUGAGAGGAUUAACUGAGAGCACCGGCGGUGACGAGCGAGGGCGACGAGCGACGAGAAAGAUUAAAGGGGGUUUCCGUUAAAUUCGAGAAAGAGAGGACGGAGAAUGACACCUGCGACCGGUGUGAGUGGUGACGAGCGGCGGUCAGCCGGUGACGAGUGACGGCAGUCGGAGACAAUCUAGGUUGCGGUGAGGCUGAAGUUCCAGUUGUUGCCUUGUUGGUGUUUGAGUGACGAGAGAAAGAAGCAGAGAGGAUUGAAUUUGAGAUAGGCAGGAGGACAUGAGAAAUUGAGCAGUAGGGUUUGAGGAAAAUGCAAAAUUAGCGUGUCCACUACCAAACGGGCCGUGUCUAGGGGUGACACGGUCCGUGUCCAUGCAUCGUUUUUAAAAAAAAAAAAUUGGACACGGAUUUUGGUGUGUCCGAGACGUAUCGUACCGUGUCCCACCCGUGUCGGUGUCGGACACGCGAGUCGACUCGGACACCCCUAUUAUGUGGCGUGUCCGUGCAUCACAGGAGACGACACAAAAUGUAAAAAAGUGAAAAGUUAGAGGCUCGAUCCCUGACCAUCAAUCAUUUUCGCACCAUACGAAAUUGGGCCCCAUCUUUUUCUCUAUCUCUUUCUUCACUCUCCCUAUAAAAACCAGCACACCACCAUUUCCCUCCCAUUUCCCCUCAUCUUUCCUUUCCCUCCUUAACAACACUGUUGCCUAUCCUCCUAUAUCGGGGGCGGAGGAGGUGGUAUUCCAAACCCAUUACCAAAAGUAUUAUUAUUUUGGCGGAACUUGAUUUUAUUACGCUCCGUCUCAGCCCCGGGCUUAGCUUUCUCUCUUCUCAUAACACAUUAUAAAUUUGUUUUUCUUAACGUCGAAACGAAUAAUGGUGGCGUUGCGGUUAGUUGUAGCUGUAUUGCUCCUGCUAACAUGCGUACCGUGGUGUGUUAACUCGCAAUUACCACGUCGACUUGUGGUGGGAAUGACAAUGGUGAAAAACUCUACUGCUAAAGCUCUUGGAGCAUAUUGCUUGGAUGGGAGUUUACCCGGAUAUCAUUUUAGCAAAGGAUUCGGUUCUGGCGCACGCAACUGGCUUUUGCAAUUUGAGGGUGGUGGGUGGUGCAAUGAUGUUGAAUCAUGCAUGGAGAGGGCUAAAACUCGUCGUGGAUCCACACACUACAUGACUAAGGUGGAAGUCUUUUCUGGGAUCCUAAGCAACAAUGAAUCCCUCAACCCAGACUUCUACAAUUGGAACCGCGUCAAGCUAAGAUACUGUGAUGGAGCUUCCUUUGCUGGCGAUUCCAAGUUUGACAAUGGGACCUCAGUGCUUUACUUUAGAGGGCAAAAAAUUUGGCAGGCAAUGAUUCUUGAUCUUCUUCCAAAAGGGUUGGCACAUGCAGAGAAGGCUUUGCUUUCUGGUUGCUCUGCAGGGGGUUUAGCAGUGUUCCUGCACUGUGACAACUUAUCCAGGUUUCUACCAAGAAAUACUACUGUCAAAUGUCUGAGUGAUGCCGGUUUUUUCUUGGACAUAAAAGAUGUAGCCAUGCAUGAUACGAUUAGAUCCUUAUACCAUGAUGUUGUUACAUUGCAGGGAGUAGAAGAGAAUCUCGACAAAAAUUGCACCAGUUCUCUAAUUGAUCCUAAGCUAUGCUUCUUUCCACAACAUGUCCUAAGCUACAUUAAGACUCCCUUUUUUAUCUUAAACACUGCAUACGAUAUGUGGCAGUUCCAUAACAUCUUGGUACCAUCUUCGGCUGAUCAAAGAAAAGAAUGGAAGUAUUGCAAGUAUAAUGUAACAACUUGCACUGACAGUCAAAUUCAGAAACUACAAGAUUUUCGACAGGAAAUGCUCGAGGCUUCAUACUCUUUCUAUACACAUUCAACUAGUGGAGGAAUGUUUAUAAAUUCAUGCUUUGCACAUUGCCAAAGUGAACAACAGGAAACUUGGUUCGCUGUUGACUCCCCUAGAGUGCACAAUAAGACCAUUGCAGAGGCUGUUGGCGACUGGUAUUUUGAACGAAACGAAACAAAGCUGAUCGAUUGUCCAUAUCCUUGUAAUUCUUCCUGUCAUAAUAUUAUACCAGCAUAGACUAAUAUACUCAAGGAAUCAUCAUAGGACUUAGAAAAUUUAUACAGCUGAAGAUUACAUAGCCCGAUUCAAUGUACACAAGUUUGAUUUAUUUUUCUGAUACAGAUAGAUGAAGUAAAUUUUUGGUGUACACAUUCCUGUAAGAUAAAUCAACUUGUACCCAUCUCAUAAGAUAUUCAAUCACAAUUCUUCUAGUUCAUUCUUAUACUUCAAUGUUAUUGUACUUUUUUAUCA